AUGUCCAUCAAGUCGGUGAUGCCAUCCAACCAUCUCAUCCUCUGUCAUCCCCUUCUCCUCCUGCCUUCAGUCUUUCCCAGCAUCAGGGUCUUCUCAAAUGAGUCGGCUUUUCCCAUCAGGUGGCCAAAGUAUUGGAGUUUCAGCUUCAGCAUCAGUCCUUCCAAAGAACACCCAGGACUGAUCUCCUUUUGGAUGGACUGGUUGGAUCUCCUUGCAGUCCAAGGGACUCUCAAGAGUCUUCUCCAACACCACAGUUCAAAAGCAUCUAUUCAUACAACAAGGGCAGGAUCUAAAUGCUGUUUUCCCGAUAUAGAUGCUGGGCCCAGGCAGAGGAGGGCUCAGGGCGAGAGCUGCCAUCAGCUUUGCUCGUAUCGCAACAGGACAGAAUUGUUUUAUAAAUCACCGUGCCUUUCAUUAUUUAUUUUUUCCUCCAAGUGUAAAUUCUCUGGGCUAGAUAACUAA